AUGCCUACCGCCAAGCCCAAGUUGGGGAAGCUCACCACCCCCGUCACCGCUACCUUUCCCUCCGAGAUCACUUCGGCAACUCCCAUCUCGGCCAUCUCGUUCAACUUCAAGCCUGACCCGGACUUCAUCAAGACGCCCAUCAGCCCGCCUUCAGCCUAUACCGACUUCCUCACCAAGGCUAUGGCUCUCAACUCACCAGCUCCGAGCUCUGGUGAAACCACUCCCGACUCUAUCCCGGACUCGGCAACCAGUGAGGAAACCGACGCCUCUAGCAAGUGCAACAUCACUCCGCCAUCAUCGGCUUCCAGCACCAGCUCAAAGACCUCAACCGGCCCUUCCCCUCCGGCCACGGCACCAAUGGUGCCUCCCAGCCCAUUCACCUACACUGCUCCCAUGUCUGCCCCUCCUACAGGGCCUGCUACCUUUCCCAGCCUUAAGCUGCCCCCAAGCCCUAGCGUGGCUAACUUGGACUCGCCCUUGAGCGUGUCCACUCCUCGCUCACCCUUCAGUGCCAGACCAGUCCACUCAGUAUUCGACUGGGACGCCGCCCUCAAGGCCCGGUUCGCCGAGAAGAAGAAGGCUUCACGAACCAGCGUGCGCCACAUCCGGGAGGUUGUGACAAGAACCGUCACUUACACACCGAGAAUGGCACCUGCGCCAAAGGGAAAGCGACGCAAGAUUGAAUGAGUCGGCAACACUACAAUUCACGCAUCAUACCGACGACCAAGAGCAUAUAUAUGCUCAUUCAACACACAAACUUGACGAUCCUUCGAAUAUGACGAAAUUUCAUUUGUUUAGACAUGCAUCAUAAGGGCCAUACCGAAAACGAAGACGCGAAGAGAGGGCGAGACAUGGAAUAGGCCUGGGGUACCUGCAGGAGCCAGCAUAUGAUUAUGAGGCUCCCGGCAUUGACGCCACGGGCAUGGAUGGGCGCAAUUUCACUUCACCACCACUCCCUGCUUUGACAUUUAUUCCGGCACGCGUUUUGGAGGAGUCGAAUUGGUUACGAGGCACUACUAUUGGAAUUAUACUGGAGGCACGGCUGGAGGAGUUUGGCGGCGUUUUUACGUCCUUUUUUAUUUUUAUGACCAUCUUGGAUAUGGCCUUUCCCUGGGGGCAAUGGCUUAUACUGAGAGGUUCGAUACCACGACAUGUGAAAGGAUUCGGCGCGGGGGAGUUGGUUGGGAUCAGGCAAGGAAGGACUACAAGGCAAGGCGGCGAGGUGGGACCGACCCAACAGCCUCGAUAGCAAGCGCAGGCAUGGGAUGUGAUAAGAUGGGAGUGGGAGAGGGAAAGGCUUGAGGGUUGGUGGCCCGUGUCUCGGGCACACGAAAUUAGCUCUCGGUAACGUGUUUGUCCGCAAAUUAACAAAGCCAUGGGCUGUUUUGACCACG